UUUUUUAUUAAUAAUCCUGUAAUUUAACAAUCGUUCAAGUUACAGAGCACAUCAACAGUACACACUCGAAGGAACAACGUAUCUCCAUCCACAGAGACAGUGAGAGAGAGAUUGCCAUGGCGAGUCGACCCCUCUUUCCCUCUCCCUUGCAUCUGCUCGCUUUCCUCUCACUCCUCAACCUCUUCCUUUCCAAUCUCUCUCGCUCCCUCGUCCUUGCCGCCGAUUCCCAUUUCGAAGGCUUCGAUUCCGAAGAUGCAGAUCCCGAUAUAGACUCCGAUUCCGAUAUCCUCUACCCUAAUUCCCUCCGAUCCCCUCCUCUCACACUGUCGGAUCCCCACUCCUCCCCACUUUCUCCCCCGGAUCCCAGUCCUCAAUCUCGGUCUCCGCCUUUGUCGGAUCCUCCCAAGCCUUCUUCCGCUACCUUCGAGGACUGGGACGAGGACGAAUUCGAAGGCCUACCAAUUCUCCAAGAUAAGUCCCUCCUGACCACGACUACCGCCGAAAAUGACACUCCUUCUGAUCCAAAAUCUAGUCCCUUGGCCUCACCUAAAGCGAAGCCGGUUCCGAAAUCCUUCACCGUCGAGAUCGUGUGCGGGACUUUCCUGAUCAUAUUCUUGAUCAACUACUUCACCGGGAAGCGCGAGAACGAGAAUCUUGCCCUCGCUUGGGCCGCUAAGUUCGCCACCAAAGACUCCAUCUUCGAGCGGAAUUUCAGUCUGUUGGGUGUAGGCGAAGGGGAAGACUCGCCGUUGCUACUAAAGGAGGGGCAGACCGUGUUCAAGUUCUAUGCCAGUGGGCGCAGGUACUGCCAGGGUUUGCUGGCGACGAUGGAGCUGAAGAGCCGGCAUGAUUUGAUAUCGAGGUUGUACAAUUUGGUGGUGCCGUGCAAGGACGAGAUUUCUUUCGAGGUGUAUAUGAACGACGACGCCAUGGAUCACGUGGUUUUCGCGGUGGCAAGGAAGAAGUUGGCGAAGGCGAUGCAGAAGGAAGUCAGGGAUUUGCAGAAGUUCGCAGGGACGGUGUCCCCGCCAACGAGUGGUAGGAAGUGGGUGAGCGAAGAGUUGGCAGUUAUCUCGGAAUCGAAGGAGGUGGCGGCGGAUUUGAUCACGGAGGCCGUGCUUGAUCAGGUUUUUGGAGAAAAAGCUUUUGAGAAAUUUGGAAAACAUUUCAUCUCGAUGCAUUUCUCUGAUCAACACCCAGGCACAAACAAGAGGAUGCUUUUGUUCAAGUUUGCCCUCCCAGAUGUGAAUAAUAUGGCCGAUAUGACUCGGUUGGUGGCUCUUGUACCUUAUUAUAUUGACUUGAACGGGCGUUACAAACUUAGUUCUCAGGCUCGAUCUAAAACAGAAUCAGCUAGAUUAAAGGCUGCUCAAGAGGCAUAUAAAGAACUUCAAAAUGCUAGGCAAGAAGCCUUGCAGAAAAAGAAGGCAGAGAGGAAAAAGAUGAUGGAGGAAGCCGAGGCAAAGCUUGGUGUAGAGUCUAUUCGGAAGAAAGAAGCAAAAGAGCGUGCCCGUCAGAUGAAGAAGGGGAUGCCAAAAGUAAAGAUGACGCGUGCACACUAGUUAAUGGAUUCUCUAGACAAGUAAACCUAUAAUUUAAACUCUUCUCAUAUCUUCCUAAAAUUUACAUUAGUUUUCCUUCUGAAAAGUUUUGGUUCUGUACUCUUCUCGCCAUGGACUUAAAGUUGUUUUAUUCAAUGCUAGUCCCAACAAUUCCACAUGCUUGUUUGUGGAUUUUGAAUGUAUCAGAACUCAGUGCUGCAGAAAUUUUCUUGAAGCUGCUAUUGAAUGCAUUUUACA